UCUAAGCAACAACUUGGUUCAUAUCAUAUUCUGAGCUACUUGGUUGAUAGCAUCAUGAAGAGUACUAAUGUGAAUAUUGUUCAUUUCUUAUCAGUAUUAUCUUUGCCGUUUCUAUUGUUUACGACGGUAUCGGCAUUAACAAAUUCAAAUGAUGUGAAGGCGAUACAGUUGUUGAUAGAUAAUUAUUAUUCGCUUGGGUCUUUAGCAACGGAUGAUCAAGCUGAUCCUUGUCUUCCUGAGCCAUAUUCAUGGGUUAACUGUAGCUCCGGUGAUACCCCUCGAGUAACAGCAUUAAAUCUGCACCACUCUGGAGCACUAUAUAAUGGAGAUCUCUACGAUUUUAGUACCCUGGAUGCACUUGAAAUCAUAGACUUGAGCGAUAAUAUUUUGGGACAAGAGUUUCCUGAUUUUCUUGCUGACUUUCCUAAUCUGAAAGUGCUGAAUUUGGCGAAUAACUUUUUCACUGGAACAGUGCCAACUUCAUUAAGGAAGAAAUCGAAAGAAGGAACGUUAAAUUUGACGUUGACGGGAGAGGGAAUGAAUGAGUUGUGUUUUUCUGAUAAAGAAGUAUGCCCAACCACUAAAGGGAAAAAAACUUCGUCAGGAAUAGAUGAGGAAACAUCAACCAACAGUGGUAAAAAGAUAACAACACCAAUAGUGCUCGGAGUUUUAAUUCCAAUUUUUAUGUAUUUCAUUGGUCAUCCUUGUUAACGGUGGAUUAAUUGUGUUAUCCUUUUCUUCACACAUAUCUGUAUUUUGAUAAGUCAUGCUUGUAUUUCCGAGUCUCCAUUAACAAUCUAAGGAUCAGGGAAUUUUGUUAUACAGAACUCUAUUAAAGUAAAAAAAAAAAGAAAGAGGGGAAAAAGAAAAAAAAAAACCUUAAUAAUUAUCCUUCUU